AUGGCGACCGCUUUCGCCAUCCACUAUGGCGUGCUCGUCGCUGUCGAUGUGUUGCAGAACAGCGGGCACGCGGGAACAUGCCACAUGUCCGAUUUAGCUUCGCUGCGACUGCAAGAUUGCCUGAGGCAAAAUGAAACAACAAAAGGGGUCUUCUACAUCAUAACCAACGAGCAAAUUAUUGUUGCAGACAUGAGGAAAAUGUUGGCAAAAAAAUUCAGCAUAAAGAAUGACAGAUGCUGCAUAGGAGAAAAUUCACUUUUGCUAAAUUGUGCCAUCGUGGGAAAGCAGGAGAUGUGCACCAGCUGUGGUGGAUGGUCAAUUCGUACCUCUGAUACAGUUUUGUUGGGUGCAAAGAAAUCCUUGUAUGGUCUCGAGGAGAGGAUUGCUAGCCUUUGGGUUGCUGUUCCUGAGAAGAGGGCAGAGGCGGAGAGGAUGAAAAGGGAUGAAAAGGCAGUUACUAACAUUUCACUCCAAUACAUGCUAUUUCUCAAAUUUGCAUUAGCGGAUGAGUCAGUGCGGAUAGAGAGCUUCUUGCCGAAUGCUAUGAACAACAGCACAGAGUACACAGCUAAUCAAGCCCUUGACUGCCCAGGAUAUUAUGGCAGUGACAUGGACAGCAAGGCUACAAGCUGCAAUCCUCUCUUUGAACCAGCAGGUGAUGGCUCCUCUGUUGUGAUGUAA